GGCUGGUGAAACGAAGAUGGGGUGGCUGGUCCGGGUCCCACGCCUCGGACCAAAAAAAAAACGCAAGGGGACGACAAGUUUUUCGUGGUCGUGAAGGAGCCGGACAUGUUCUGUUGGCAGUGUCUCGCCCACAUGACCGAUGUCGAGAAAUUGUCGAUCCUCGACGACAUUCUCGCACUAAGGGGAGUGUUCGUGCAAUCGGCAGGUGGGCAUCUAAAACGUCAACAUAAACUUGGAAUUAAAGACAUGGUCGUGACGAGGAAAGUGGACCGCUUGAUGCUCCGUUUGUUUCAUUACGUCUUGUUCUUUGAAACGGAGGAGGACGAAGGUGUUUGUCGCUACGGGAGCCGUUUUUUCCAGACCGAGGGGCGGCUUCUGGAGGAGUUCGGGCCGCAGGGCCUCAUGAAACAGGUGUGGGUCGAACUGCGAAAGCAUUUCCAGGGCGCGAAGGCGUACGUGAACACUUGCGAACGUUCUCUUCCGCACGAGAAGGAGUCCCUCGACGACACGAAGAAAAUGUACGAGGAUGACAGUUUCUUGAAAGACAUGGCCAGGCUUUGCCUCCAUCACGUCAGGACAGGGAAGUGGGUGUGCUAUGCACAAAAGCAGGUCACUUUCCGGGAAGGCAAUAUGCUGGUUGAGGAGUGUGACCGCCUGUACGUGAUUUUCAAUGGCGAGAACCUGGCAGGCAACACUGUCGCAGUCUACCCGGCCAGCAGCCCGACAAAGGCUUCUCGUGCUCAUGGUCCAAAUCCGGCGAAACAUGCGGUGGCGGCCCGCUCGAAAGCUGUCUGUUCGUUGGACCCUUCAGGACAGGUUAUGGCAUGCUUCGACAUGGUGGACGAGGACAGGUUCCCUCAUAGCCUGUGGGAGGACGGCGGCGUGACAAGUGCUCGUGGACCUGCUUACGGGGAGAGGGAGUGGAACCCGUCCCAUCUACUUGGUCUACUCGAAAACUUUUGCAGAGUUGGGCAAACUGUUUUUUUCUUUAGGAAGGCGCAUGCGUCUGUCAUGUGGAAGCUCGUGCUCAAUGGUCGGAACGUCGUUGCGUUGGAGAACGAGGCGAACAUGAUCGAUUACCUUAAUGAGUUCAUGAAGACACGCGUGGCAGACACUCGCAAUGAUUUCACUUUUGUCCAGACCACCGGCAAACGAAACUGGGAUCCCAAACGUGACAUGCAUUGGAAAUUGUCGGGGAGCAAAAGGACGGAGGUUUGGGACUUCCUUUUCCAAAACGGACCGCCUGCUCAGACCGACCUCGAAUAUAGUCGACGAAGAAACCUGGUGUUCGGUGUGCUGAAUGGGUACCACGAUGCACCCAGGGAGUCUGUCUCGGAUUUCCUGAAAAGACUGGAGCACGUUUACUUCUUGAUGGCCGAACCGCUCACCCUCGAAAACUACAAGGCAUUGUUUGAUGAGGAGGACCCUUUCGACGUUGAAGACAUGGAGGAGCUGAGCGACUCCAAAACCUUCGAUUUCGAGUUCAUGCCACUUCCUCGCGUGGUUGGACAGUCUCGCAAAGUGUUGGAGAGCGGGGGUAGCGAGUGUGAACGUCAUGCUUCGGAGGGUGCGUCUGUGGACACUGACAGCGAGAGUGCAGGAGCUCCGGGGGAAACACAUGCUCUGCAGCGGGAAGAGGAGACUCAACACUGGCCGGCUCACGAAGUCGUGAAGGAGCUCGACGCAGGAGUGCUGGUGAUCGGAACAUCCAAAUCGGUUCUGCACAAUCGUUCGGUUGUGGCCGCGACGCGAGAGGGUGUCGUUAAGGGAGGUCAGUGGACGUUCGUGCAAGCUCUCAUUCUUGGCGAUGAUGAAGGCGAAGAAGAACCCGUGGUGGAAGCUCAGGUUCAUGGCGAUGAGAAAGGCGGAGAACCCGUGGUGGAAGGCGGUCAGGUGACGGUUGGCAUCCAGAUGGAUCCACAACGAAAAGAUGAUGAUUCUUCGCCCACCCGUUGCGUUGAAGAACAGGGUGAUCGAGCGUCUAUCUUCAGUACCGGUCGGGAAAUGGUAGUUCAUGAAGCCAUUGAGUUGGGUAACAAUUCGGCUGCCACCGAGCUGGUUAGCGAGUCAGGCAUGGCCGAGGUGCACAACGUCGAAUCCUCCGUGAAAGGCGGUGAGAUGGCCGUCAGCAUCAAGAUGGAUCCAGAGCGGAAAUAUCAUGAUUCUUCGUUCACCCAUUGCAGUGAAGAACAGGGUGAUCCAGUGUUUGUCCUCAGUACCGGUUGGGAAAUGGUACUUCAUGAAGCCAUCGACUUGCCUAGCGACUCAACUGCCACCGAGCUGGUUAGCGACACAACCCGUGGCCGAAGUGCAGAACGUCGAAUUCUCCAUGGACCUUGGCGCAGUGGCGCGACAGGAGGGCGAUUUCCCUCAAAGGGCGCCCGACCACGGUAAGGUGUGAGGUUGUCAAUGUCCCUGGCCAUGAAGCCUUUAAAAGC